GAGAAAUUCCUCAGUAUCUGUACGCAAUUCGUUGCGAUAUCACUGCCGAGCGUUAUAAAAAAAAAAUGAAAAAGAUUCACCUUUUGGUAACCUUCACCCUUAUAGAAAUCUGCCGGGCAGGUAGCUUCACCACUACCCAAACAAACGAAAUAAAAAUAGAGGAAGCGAAGGAUCCAGUCCCUUGCACAUGUGGAGUAUUCUUGAGCGGCCAGUUCAAGAAAGGGUCAAAGGAUCAACCCAAGGGGGUGCCAGUGUUAACACAGGAAAUGGACACCCCUUUUUUUAAUAAUGCGGUGGGAAAUCGACAGUGCGUUAAUAAAUGCUUGGAGUUGAUUAUUAGGCAUUUACCAAGAAGUAAGGACAUCUUGUGCUCUUUGGUUGACAGGGAAAAUGUCCACAGAGAGAAAGCCUACCUUUUUAUAAAAAACCACAGCGACAAAUGGCAUGGAACAAAUUUAUCAGCUGGAAGAGAAUUUUGUUGCAGAAAUAAUGAACCAUACAGAUGUUAUGGUAGCUAA